CUUCCGCUCCAUGGGACCGCCCCUUCCGCUCCCUGGGACUGCCCCGAGCGCAGUCCGUGGCCAUGGCGGCCUCGGCGUCUCGUCGGGUUCGGCACAGAGCCCGGGCAGCGCCGCGGGCCCGCUCGGCCGAGGACUGGUGGUGGGACCGGCUGGCGCCGAGCGGCUCGGGGUACCACCUGCUGCAGUCCGACAGCAUGCUGCUGGUGCUGUCGGAACCCGGGUCCGCCCGAUCGCGAGCACAGCGGCGCGCUACCCGCCGCGCUCCCCGGCAGCCGCCCCCGGGCCCCCGCGCCGCCGCCAAGCCCAAGCCCAAGCCCAAGGCCAGGCUUAGGCCCGAGCCGGCGGCCGCGCCCGAGCCCGCGGACGGGCUAGACGCGGGCUGGGGAGACCGCAUUCCCUUGGAAAUCCUGGUGCAGAUUUUCAGGUUGCUGGUGGCGGCGGACGGGCCCAUGCCCUUCCUCGGCAGGGCUGCGCGCGUGUGUCGCCGCUGGCAGGAGGCCGCCUCCCAACCCGCGCUCUGGCACACCGUGACCCUGUCGCCCCCGCUGGCCAGCCGGCCUGCCAACGGCAGGGUCAAGGCGGAGAAGAAACUCCUUGCUUCCCUGGAGUGGCUUAUGCCCAGUCGGUUUUCACAGCUCCAGAGGCUGACCCUCAUCCACUGGAAGUCUCAGGUACACCCCGUGUUAAAGCUGGUAGGUGAGUCCUGUCCUCGGCUCACCUUCCUCAAACUCUCCGGCUGCCACGGUGUGACUGCUGAUGCUCUGGUCAUGGUAGCCAAAGCCUGCUGCCAGCUCCAUAGCCUGGACCUACAGCACUCCAUGGUGGAGUCCACAGCUGUGGUGAGCUUCUUGGAGGAGGCAGGGCCCCGAAUGCGCAAGCUGUGGCUGACCUACAGCUCCCAGACAACAGCCAUCCUGAGCGCACUGCUGGGCAGCUGCUGCCCCCAGCUCCAGGUCCUGGAGGUCAGCACUGACAUCAACCGCAACAGCAUUCCCCUCCAGCUCCCUGUCGAGGCUCUGCAGAAAGGCUGUCCCCAGCUCCAGGUGCUGCGGCUGCUGAACCUGAUGUGGCUGCCCAAGCCUCCUGGACGAGGGGCAGCUCCCGGGCCAGGCUUCCCCAGCCUGGAGGAGCUCUGCCUGGCGAGCUCCACCUGCAACUUUGUGAGCAACGAGGUCCUGGACCGCCUGCUCCAUGGCUCUCCCAACCUGCGCUUGCUGGAUCUUCGUGGCUGUGCACGCGUCACGCCAGCUGGCCUUCAGGAUCUGCCAUGCCAGGAGCUGGAGCAGCUUCAUCUGGGCUUGUAUGGCACCUCAGACCGGCUGACUCUAGCCAAGGAGGGCAGCCCCCUGUUGACCCAGAAGUGGUGCCGCACCCUGCGAGAACUGGACUUGAGUGGCCAGGGGUUCAGUGAGAAGGACCUGGAGCAGGCCCUGGCUGCCUUCUUAAGCACCCCUGGGGGCUUGCACCCAGCCCUGUGCUCCCUUAAUCUCAGGGGCACCAGGGUCACACCAAGCACAGUCAGGUCAGCAUCCCCUCCCCCAGUCCCUGGAGCCAGUGUGGCUGUCACCGAGUCUUGCCUGGGGCCUGAAAGUGGUGUCCUGCCUGGCCUGAGACCUCCAGGGGUCAGAGGAGCAUGUGUACUGUCCAAGCCCCUUUGUGGGGUGGGCUUGGGGACACCAGGGCAACUGGGCUUGGCCUUGGUGGCUAUGGGUGGCAGAGCCAGGUGUGGAACACCAGCAGGCACAGCUCCCUAGCUUGGCCCAAGCCCUUCUGAGGCAAGUCUUCUGGGCAAUGGCUCAACUUCGUGUGGCCUACCCUGCCCACAGCUCUGUGAUCAGCAGCUGCCCAGGCCUGCUCUACCUCAACCUGGAGUCCUGCCGCUGCCUUCCCCGGGGCCUGAAGCGGGCCUACCGGGGCCUGGAGGAAGUCCAGUGGUGUCUGGAGCAGCUGCUCACCAGCCCCUCACCCAGCUAGGCAGCCACAGACUUGGGACACCUCAGCCAGCCUGCCCCCCACCCACCUUUGCCCAGUUUCAGAUAUUGGAGCAUUUUGUUAAAAUAAAACUUUUUUAGGA